GGAGCAGUGCGCGAAAGCUGGGAAAUCCCAGAACAAGAUUGCGUGAGAUUACUAAUCUUUUUUCCCACACUUUCUGAUAAAUGAAUACAAGAGUAGGACCGAGUGGGUGCAGAAUGCAUUUGACUACCAGCUGAUGAGCUGUUGCAGUAUGAAUCAAAAGAAUCAAGGACCAGUGUACUAUGUACCUAAUCUGACAUUCUCCAUGGAUUUGAAAUUGGAUCCUGAUGAUGGUAGCAAGUCUAAUAAUUCAGGAGGCACACCAAUUAUUCAGAAUAAUCUAGAAAUAAAAGAUUCCAUCUUACAGAUAGGAUACAACAAUCUGGUGCAUAUGCACUACCAUGGCAUAGUGGAGCCUGACUUGUCAUCAGACAGUGAUGAAGAGGAAGAUGAUUGUGAUCAAGAUAGUGACCAGCGUAAGGCAGCUGAUGAUUUAAAACAAUCAACACGAACAAUAACAGAAGAAGAUCUUCGAAAUUUGUCACACCAAAUUGGGGGAUCAUGGAGGAGAUUUUUGCGCAAGUUGGGUAUUGACGAUGCUGACAUGGACCAUGAAUGUGAGAACUCUCGGAGUGGGGGGACUCCAGAAGUUAUCUAUCGGCUACUGCUUCGGUGGAAGAAAGACAGCGUGGACCCAUCAGUCUCAACUAUAGCAUGUGCACUGGAGGAGUCCAACUUGAAACCUUUGUUAAAAAACUUGCAGCCAUGAAAUGACAAGUUAAGCCACAUUUUGAUGACAGGGACAUGCUUUCACACACUAGUGUUUGCCCUUUUGACAACUUACUCAUUGAGUUGAUGAAGUCAGUUUCAUCAUUAGCAAGUCUAAUGACACUUCAAGGGCAGAUACAGGAUUUUGUUAGGGAGGGAUGCAACGUGAAAAGGGGCAUGUGAAGAAUUCCAUUGUGCAGUAAUAUGCAUCAUCAAUAUGGUUAUCUCCCCCAAAAUGCCCAAUCAGCUAAGAACUAAAAUAUUCGAUAGUACUACUGAAUAGACAAAAUUGAUUAUAUACAUUGAGUAUAACAGGAUUUGGAGGGCACUUCAGGUUGGGGAGGAUGGAGGGAUGUUCCCCUGCAGCAUCCCCCCUUAGAUGUGUGCCUCAGGGUUGGGUGUAGCUCGGUGACAGCACUUGUCUGAGGUGUGACAGGUUGUACAUGUAGGAUUGAUCGCCCUCGAUCAACUCCCAACAACUAGUGUAUCAACUGCCAUGGUGUGUACCGUCUUAUCUAGGAAAAAGUACAUAUAGAAGAUCCCUUGCUGCACAUUCGGUAGUAUUACACUAUGUGGUGGCAGCAGGUUUUCACCCUGUCUCUCGGCUAUGAUGUGAUUCAGUAUUAUGGCAAUGAAACUAUGAACUAUCAAAAUAUAGAUAGUGUACCUUUAUUGAUGAAUAAAUUGCAAUUAAUACUUGGCAGUUGGGUGAAAUUGGUAACCGAUAUGUCAGCCACAGAAGUAACCGCUUUACUUUCACAGGAAAAACAGUGUGUGUCUGGAAGGUAAAAACUGGCUGCACCUGCUCCUCAGAGUUAUUUAAGGAGAGCGCAGGUACUGUUUUGUCAGUCGGUCAAUUGGCUAAAUCUGGUUGAGCUGGAGACCAGACGACUUGUGUCCUGACGGAGAGUUUUACUGUAUAUUCCUUUGGUUUGAUUCAUUCCUUUGCUUUUGAUUCGUAUGUACAGUAGAAUAUCUCAUUGAGUCAAAUACACUGCAAAGCUUGAACCAAAAAGUAAAUCCUGAGUUACACUUGCACAUUGUUGACCGAAUGGUUAGGUCAAACUACCUGAUGGGAUGAACACUUUCUCGAGCACAGACAGGUUUCGAGCCAACAGGAUUCCCUUUAUAUAGUGUGUAUCCCUUUGGUUUGAUUCCUAUAUAUAUAUUUCUUUGCUUUGAUUCUUAACAGUUGUAAUAAUGCUAUUAUAUGUGUCAGAAAUGCCAAAUGUUUGACAUCCAAUAGCCGCAGGCGGGACGUAGCCCAGUGGUAAGGCACUCGCUUGAUUUGUGGUUGGUCUAGGAUCGAUACCCAUCGGUGUGCCCAUUGUGCUAUUUCUCAUUCC